UGACGUAAAAUUUUAAUGAACAGAUCAACACUUGAAUGAUUAAUGUAGUUGCACACUAGUGUUGAUUAUGUUAAAAAUAUAAACUGAUAAACGAAAAGUUCUACCAACGAAGUUAAUUUUAUUAAGUUAAUUGGGUUGGACAGCACGCUUUCAACAUGGCAAACAAACCCGCAUCUAAUUUGUUUCAGGUUAUACUCGUGAAAUACGCUUAUUUUCUACAUUAAAUUUAUAGAAUGGGUUCAUUUUACCGUCCAGAACGUGAACUCACAAUAAUAGCCGUUGGUGAUUCUGAUAGUAACAAAACAGAAUUGUUAACCAAGUAUACAGUAAACAAGGAAUUUUAUAAAUACUCAUUUCCUGCCACAUUUAACACUAAUGUAAGAGAUAUCAUCGUGGAUUAUAUUCCCUAUGAGGUUACAUUCAUCGAUUGCGAGUAUGAUGACGAUUACUCAAUUAUACGAUUUGCAGAUUAUGAAAAGGCCGACGUGGUUUUACUCUGCUACUCGAUCGCAAACAGGCGCACAUUCGAAAGGAUGAUCACCAAAUGGUGCGUGGAAGUAAGAAAAAUCAAUCCUCGGUUGCCGAUUAUUCUAGUUGCAACGGACACGGAGCGACGUAGCAAUGCGCGGGAUGUCAAAUUCGUCACGCUGCAGGAAGGAGUAGACAUGAAAUUUGCUUUAAACGCAUUUGCGCUAGUCGAGUGCUCCGUUGAGAAGCUCGUUGGAAUCGAUGAUGUGUUCAUUGAGGCGGUAAGGAGUACACGCAUCUUGCCCGCUAUCAAUUGCACUGAUCCUAAUAAAUCAUCAUUUUAAACGAAACAGAUUGGCAUUUUCUAUCAGUGAGUCUAUAAUUAAAUUACAAUAAAUGCUGCGAUAGAUAAAU